AGACGGAAAGCUCGCUGGCUGUCAAACGGGGCAAACGGGAGUAGCACAGCGCAGCGUACAGAGCAGCGUAGGAAAAAGUGCGUAAAGUUUAAGCAAGAAACACACCCACACAUACGCGCACUUGUCGUGUUCGUCCUGAAAUUAGGCAAGCGCAAAGUGUAGUGCCAGCAAACAAAUAGGAAAGGGAAAACUCGCACCUCGCCGUUUGCAAGUGAUAACAGUGUGUUUGGGCGAGCCAUCAUCAUUAUCUUCCUUGACUGCUGGUGGUCCCCCCGUCGCCGUGUGUAUUGUUUCUUUCGUGUGCAUCAUCCCGUCUCGUGUCGCUCUGCUCAGAUUUGAUGCACACGCACACACACUGUUCGGCCAGCGGAGGAAGACAGCAGCGCACACCACCAACGGCAGCAGGCAGCAGCAGCAGCGGGCAGGCAACCGCGGAGAAGAAAAAAACAAUACCACCACACCAAGCCCACCGAGGACGGAUCGAUUCCGAUUGCACACUUUUCGCAGUACACAGCGCCGCCUCGCAGUAGUAAAACGAUCCGUCACACAAUGCCCGACAUUGUAAAGAUCGCGGGAGACCACAUCCUGAUAUACGAGGCUUACUAUAAACAGCUCGAUCCAAAGGAGGCGAACGAAAUCGGUGCACUGGAUGCGGCGAAAUUCCUCAAAAAGUCCGGCCUCAGCGAUGUCGUCCUCAGCCGGAUCUGGGACCUGUCCGAUCCGAACGGUAAGGGCUUCCUCACGAAGGAGGGAUUUUUCGUCUCGCUCAAGCUGAUCGGGCUGGCACAGGAAGGUUCCGAGAUCAAUCUCAAAAACAUCUACAAUGUCCUGUCGAAGCCACCGAAGGUGGGCGAUCUACCAAAAGUACCGGCACAGGUGAAGCUGCUCCCGGUCGAAAGCACAGACUGGUCAAUGAAGCCGGAAAAGCGGCAACAGUACGAGCAGCUGUUCGAUUCGCUCGGCCCAAUGAACGGGCUGCUGCCCGGCGCGAAGGUCCGCAUGACGCUGAUGAACUCGAAGCUGCCGGUGGAGACGCUGGGCCGCAUCUGGGAUCUGGCCGACCAGGAUCGCGACGGCAGCUUGGACAAGCAUGAGUUCUGUGUGGCGAUGCAUCUCGUGUACGAAGCGCUCGACAAGCGUGCCAUUCCGGCCAUGCUGCCGCCCCAGCUGCAGCGUAACUAUGCUCCCCAGCCGCCACAGAACGGCGGCGGGUUUGACGCGUUCGGCGGAGGUGCUGCCGACGGUGCCGGUGGCUUCGUCGCUAACUUCCCGAGCGACAUAGCGCCCCCGCCGGUGGUGCCGCCGCUGCCGGCUGCACUGGCCCGACCGCCGCCCAUGACCGCUCCCGUCAUUCCACCCGUACCGAUGGGACUGGGAGGGGUGCCGCUCGUGUCCGCGUCGGCACCACCGAUCGAGGUGACCAGCUGGGUGGUGUCGCCGCUCGAGCGCUGCAAGUACGAAGAGAUCUUCAACAAGAGCGACACCGACCGGGACGGGCUCGUGUCGGGGCUGGAGAUUAAGGACGUGUUUCUGCAGUCGGGCGUGGCGCAGAACAAGCUCGCCCACAUCUGGGCCCUGUGCGACACGAACCAGUCGGGCAAGCUAAAGCUGGAAGAGUUCUGUCUCGCCAUGUGGUUCGUCGACCGGGCCAAGAAGGGUAUUGAUCCGCCUCAGGCGCUCGCCCCGAAUAUGGUACCGCCCAGCUUGCGCAAGAGCUCGCUCAUCCAGGCACAGGAACCACCACAGCCAACGUACAGCAAUCCGGAGCUGGAAAUGAUAUCCAAAGAAAUUGACGAGCUUGCGAAGGAGCGCCGCCUGCUGGAGCAGGAAGUUGCGCAGAAGGAGGCGGAUGUGCGAAUCAAGGGCGGUGAACUGCGUAGUCUCCAGAGUGAACUGGACACACUUACGGCCACGUUGAAGCAGCUGGAAAACCAAAAAGGUGAAGCACAGAAGCGACUGGAUGACCUUAAGAAUCAGCAAGUAGAUGUAGAUCAAGCCUUGCUAGAGGUAGCGUGCAGCAUUGACGAAGCUCGUCAACAGGUGACCAAAAUUCGCGAACAGUGCCAGAAGCAGGAGGCAACGCUGAAGGAGCAGGAGGGUGAGCUGGACUCGCGCCGCUCCGAGCUGCAGAAGCUGCGGGACGAGGAGCAGUCGCUCGAGAAGGAGUACAACACCAGCACCAAAGAGGUCGACCGGCUGACGUCCCAGCUGCAGGACACGCAGCUGGAGAUCAGCCAGGUGAAGGCCAUGGUUACUCAAAUACAGGAGUACCAGCGUCAGAUGACGGACGCGCUGUCGAUGUUCCGGUCGGCGAUCGAGUCGAACGACCCGAUCCUGGUGUCCGACUACUCGCUCAAGAUCGAGCCCGAGUUCCGCGAGGCCAAGCAGGCACUGGAGGAGAAGGAGGUGGAGAACGCGAACAAGCGCGAUCCGUUCGGCGACAACCGGUCGAACGGGUUCGGUGCGGGCGAGCCGGCCGAGACGGGCUUCGGUGACGAUUUCAAGUCGUCGAACGGUUUCGCCACCCAGUUCGACGUCGGAUCGAACGGCGGAUUUCAUGGCGGUACUGCGGCGGCGGGCGGCUUUGGGGAAGACGGGUUCGGUGCGUUUGGGGCGAAAGCGCCGUCGCACGCCAUCGGUGGGGGAGCGGCGGAUCCGUUCGGAUCGGGCGCUGCCGCCGAUCCGUUCGGUGACCGGAAAGGUAGCGGCAGUGCAGCAGCAGAGCCCGCCAAAGAUGAGUUCGGAUGCGAUCCGUUUGCCAUACUACAUGCGCCGACCACUGCCGGUCAAGCACUGUCGCCUAGUCCCAGCAAAUCCGUUGCCCCGCCACGUCCGGAAUCGCCCAGCCCGGCACUGCCGCCGAAGAAGGCAAAGCAACCACCACCGCGUCCCGCUCCACCACGACCAAUGCAGGGCCCUACGCCUACCAAACCUGCACCACCGGCGUCGGAUGCAUUCGGUGACAGUAGCGGCGGCGGCAGCUUUGCCAACUUUGCCGACUUCGACAAUAAGAAUCUCAAACCCGUUACCUCCCAAACACUGCAACAAGCGUCCCCGUCAUUCGGUAGCAAUCGUUCGCUGACGGGCUCCAGCUUCAAUGCGGCGACACUCGGCAGUAUGCUACCAGCGAUGGGGGCAGCAGCGCCGGUGACACCUACUGCUACCAUCACCAUUGAGGCGGCCACACCACCAACACCGGCAGCAGCAUCGGUGGUUCGGUCGGUCGUCGUUACACCCGUCGCUCAGUUUGCAUCGUCGUCCACAGCGCCGACACCGGUUCCGGUAGCCGAUUUUGCGGACGAUCCGUUCAAGGACUACCGGUACGAGGAUCCGUUCAACAUCGAGGAUCCAUUCGCCGACACGGAGGAGGACGAUAAGCAAGUGAAUGAUCCAUUCGCAUCGACAACGAAGAACAACAACAAUGUGUUGAGCGCUUUCGACGCCAACUUCGGCCACUCUACCAACACCGCUUCCGUGGAAGAGCUGGACGAACUGUUCAAGGGUGUGCGCAUUUCCGGGGACGGUGCAAAUACGCCCGUGCUAAACAACAGCAAACUCAACAACACCACCAGCCGGCUCAACAACAACAACAAUACUCUAUCGCCAAUCGGCACGACAACCAAGUCCCCGUUCACGUCCGAUCCGUUCGAUGCAUUUAAUGAUAAUUUCUCCAAAAACACCAACCAAACGGACGGUGCCGUCUCGCUGUUCGGCGCGUUCGGCAAUGGCGAUGGUGGCGAUGCGCUGGCCAAAAGGACCGGUGACGACAGUCUGUUCGAUGCAUUCCGUGCGACAACAGGCAGCAGCACCACUUCGCCCACGACGGUACCACCCACGGGCGCGUCGUCCACCGCGACGACGACGCUGAUGAUGCUGAAAUCGUUCGAGGACGAGUUCUCCAAGAUGGACGCCACGAACGUGCUGAACAACAAUCUCACCACGAGCAGCGGCAGCAACAACGAGUUCGAUGCGAAGUUUGACGAUGCGUUCAGUGCAUUUGGCACCGGUGCAUCGUCCACCACCAACAGCAGCAGUUCAAACAUAGCUCGGUACGGUGCUGCCUUCGGCGCCACGUUACCACCGCCGGCGGCAAAGAGUUUCAAACCAAACGGUGGACCGUCGACGACCGGUAGCUUGAAGCGGCCGGAUGGUAGUGCCGAUCCGCCCAAGGUGCUGGAGCGGUUCAAUGCCGACUACUCCAAGGGCGAAACGUUCGAUGCCGACCUGGAGGCGGUGCUGCAGCGAUCGCUGGUGGAGAAAUAGCACGGGUGAAGAAGUGUCCCACACGCGGGGGUGUCCGCUCUGCAACCCGGCUCUGUAUUACCAAAACAGUUUUAUCGCUUUGACGCGCUGCCGCGAUUCCAAUUACGUUUAGUAUAUAGGUCACAGAGAACGAGAGGAAAGAGAUAGAGAGAGAGAGAGAGAGAGAGAGAGAGAGAGAGAGAG